AUGGCAGCGGCCAGGUCAAUGCGGAGUUGCCUCCGCCCUUUGCUCCGACGGCUUCGCGGCGACAGAGGUUUACUCUUUGCCUUCAGCACUGCUGCAGAGCAGAGGAGCGCAGGAGAUGACUGUGGUCCUGAAGAACCCCGUGACGGGCCUAGACAUCACCUCGAUGAAAAUGCUUCAGGCAGCACUUCAGACAGCGCUUCAGAUCGCAGAACCCUCGAGCUGGAAGAACAAGUCCGUGACUUAACAGAACGAUACCAGAGAGCCCUGAUGGAUUCCGAAACUAUCAGGCGGAGGACACAGAAGAUCGUAGAAGAUGCUAAACGGUUUGGGAUCCAAUGCUUUUGUAAAGAUCUGGUAGAGGUAGUAGACAUCCUGGAGAAGACCACUGAGAGCACCGUAGAAGGAGUACACAGUGACCCAGAUUCAGCUCUGAAGAAUAUUUGUGAAGGCCUGUCUCUUAUAGAGUCCAAACUGCAGGGCGUAUUCAGUAAACAUGGUCUGCAAAAAAUGAAGCCCAUUGGUGGCAAAUAUGACCCCUAUGAUCAUGAAGUAGUAUGUCAUGUCCGAACAGCAGGAAUGGAGCCAGGCACUGUGGCAUUGGUGUCUCUAGAUGGCUAUAAACUCCAUGGUCGCACUAUCAGACAUGCACGAGUUGGUGUGGCAGUAGAAUCACACGAAUGAAGUUGACGUGCGCAUUAGAACUCAAAACUGUAAUGAACUGAA